AUGCUGUACUUUUUGUUGGCGGUGUGCUCGGCUCCGGUAGCUGCGCAAAUGUUUGGGUUCGAUCAGAUUUUCAGACAGGCUCACGAGGCUCAACAGCAACAGCAAGCCGAACAACAGCAGCGGCAGCGUCAAAACGGCAUGAAUAUUGUUGAAGCGUCCUACUAUGAAGUUGACUGCCCAAAGUACUUGUGCGAGGACACCCUGUCCUGUGUUGACAGCCCCGUGGACUGUCCAUGUGCAUUCGAAUCUGAGAUUAAAUGCGUUCUUCCCGACAAAAAGACGUAUAUUUGCAUUUCAGCCCCGUCCAAUGAAGACAGUCCUACGUGUGAUACUGUGAUUGACGCCUGGAAUGGUAAAAUUUGA